ACGAGUUGCCGUUUAGCUGGCUGGGCGCCCGGAGACGGUCGGGGCUAUCUAUCUAUCGAGGGCUUGGGGGCGGGGGAGAGAGGCUCAGUGGUUUAUGCUGCUGCUUGCACCCCGAGCCCCCUCCUUCGAUGAGGAGGAGACGAGGCGAGCGGCCGGACGAGGACGAGGGCGAGGGCACCUUCUCGGACCAGGACUGCUGCGGCCGGACUCAACAAGAGGAGAGAACAGCAGGCGGGGCACAUUGUCGUCGACAGUAGCUUCGCUCGGAGACACGAGUCCGACCUCGAGGCAGCAGCAGCAGUUGUGGUUGCGAUAUAUCAGAGAGCCAAGCCGAAUCCCGAAUGCGUCUCCGACUGUCGCUGCAUUGUGUCUUGGGAGAGACAGAUACAUAGAAACAUAGAUAGAGUGCGGAGUCGUCGUCGUGGGUGUCAGGAGGGGUCGACGUAGUAAUGUCGAAGCGAGCAAUGCGUUGCGCGCACUUCGUGUCUCCGUCAGCAGGAUGGGAGGGAGAAGUCGAGCUGCGUCGGAUGACAGCGUCGUGAGGAAGCGAAGGGGGCCCCGUGAGUAAGAUGGUCCCGUGUGUGAGUUCCGCCACGAUGCCCAGCCGGUGAAAAAGCGUAUGCGUGGGACAACCGCCGGAGCGGUGUCUGAUCAGGAGAUGCGCACGGAGUGAUUCGGAGCAUUGCGCCAACCAGGAGAAGGAGAAGGAGGAGGCGUCGUCAAUCGCGCGGCGUAGAGUUAAGGGGUCCGGGUCUGGGUCUGGGUCUGGGGCUUGGGCUCUGUCGACCACGCAGCAUUUCCAUCGCAUCAAGCAUUAAGCCUGGAGCCGUCGCGGGUGCUCGAUUCGUCGCAGGGCGCAAGAUGAACAAGGUCCGCGAGCGCGGCGGGGGCUGGGAGAGGAGGAUGGCGCCGAUGCUGCUGCUGGUGUGGCUGGCAUUGGCGCCGACGCUGGGGCCGGCGCUGGCGGGCGACGCCGAGAGCGACACGCAGGCGCUGCUGGCCUUUCGGCAGGCCGUGGACCCGCUGAACCGGCUGCUGGGCUGGGGGGCACCGAACACCGGGGGCUGCGCGUGGCCGGGGGUGCAGUGCAACGGCGACCGCGUGUGGGAGCUGCGGCUGCCGGGGGACGGGCUGAACGGCACCAUACCGGCGGGCACGCUGGGGAUGCUGGACCAGAUCCGCGUCAUCAGCCUGCACUCGAACCGCCUCUCGGGCCCGCUACCGGCCGACCUGCCUAACCUCACUCACGUCAAGAGCCUCUACCUGCAGGGCAACCGGCUCUCGGGGCCCAUGCCGCCGGACCUCUUCGCCGCCUGGCCCCGCCUCGUGCACCUCAACCUCGCCGACAACCGCUUCUCCGGCAGCAUUCCGCCGUCGCUCGCCAACCUCACCCUCCUGAAAACCGUCCUCCUGCAAAACAACCAACUCUCCGGCCAGCUCCCGCCCCUCAACGGCACGGCGCUCACCGCCUUCGACGUCUCGAACAACGACCUGUCCGGCCCCGUCCCGCCGCUCCUGCAGAACUUCCCAGCGGCCAGCUUCGCCGGCAACGCGCGCGUCUGCGGCCCCCCGACGGCCGUCGCCUGCGCGAAUGCGCCAUCCCCAGCCCCAGCCCCCGAGAUUGCGCCCGAGAGCGCGCCCCGGGGCAAGAAGAACAAGCUGGGCACGGGCGCCAUAGUCGCCAUCGCGGUGGGCGACGCGGCGCUAGUGGCGCUGCUGGCGACGGUGUGCGUGCUGUGCUACUUCCGGCGGCGGGGGCGCGGGCGGCGGCGCGCGGAGAAGCGGGCGCGGGGCAAGGGCGAGGGCGGCGGCGCGGGCGCGGGCAAGGCGGCGGAGGAGGGCAAGGACGAGCUGUCGAGCUCGGCGCAGGAGCCCGAGCGCAGCAAGCUCGUCUUCUUCGAGGGCAAGCGUUACACCUUCGACCUGGAGGACCUGCUGCGCGCCUCGGCCGAGGUCCUGGGCAAGGGCAGCGUGGGUACGGCCUACAAGGCCGUGCUCGAGGACGGCAGCAUCGUCGCCGUCAAGCGCCUCAAGGACGUCACCACCGCCCGCAAGGACUUCGAGGCGCAGAUCGCCACCGUCGGCCGCCUGCACCACCGCAACCUCAUCCCGCUCCGCGCCUUCUACUUCUCCAAGGACGAGAAGCUCCUCGUCUACGAUUACAUGCCCGCCGGCAGCCUCUCCGCUCUGCUCCACGGGACGAAGGGGGGCUCGCGCACUCCGCUGGAUUGGAUCACGAGGGUGAGAAUCGCCACAGGGGCGGCGCGAGGGCUGGCGUACCUGCACGGCGAGCACAACUUCACGCACGGCAACAUCAAGUCGUCGAAUGUGCUGCUGACGAGGGAUUUGGAGGCGUGCGUGUCGGAUUUCGGGCUGGCGCAGCUCUUGAGCUCGAGCGCGGCGGCGUCGAGGAUCGUCGGGUACAGGGCGCCCGAGGUGGUGGAGACGCGCAAGGUGACGACGAAGGCCGACGUCUACAGCUUCGGCGUGCUGCUGCUGGAGCUGCUCACCGGCAAGGCCCCGACGCAGGCCACGCUGAACGACGAGGGCAUCGACCUGCCGCGCUGGGUGCAGUCCGUGGUGCGCGAGGAGUGGACGGCCGAGGUGUUCGACCUCGAGCUCAUGAGCUACCAAAACAUCGAGGAGGAGAUGGUCCAAAUGCUGCAAAUCGCCAUGCAGUGCGUGGCCCACGUGCCCGACCAGCGCCCCUCCAUGGACCAGGUCGUCAAGAUGCUCGAGGACGUGCGGCAAUUCUCCGACAGCGGCAACGACAAUGGCGACAAUGGCGAUGACACCUCGCGAUCCGCCUACGACACCUCGGCCGAGAAGUCCAAGGACGACCUCGACGCCCCGUCGCCCUUUGUCGACAACCCGUCCGAGCUCUACUCGUUCUCCGAAUCCUUCACGCCCUCCCGCACCUUCGGCGGCCAGCAUUCCUGAUUCGGGAUUCCGCAGGCGAAUUCGAUUCCGAAGCCCAGACGCCAUCAUUUGCCUCCCGAUUCCCUUGCCUCUCCUGCUUCGACAUCGCCCGUCCUCGCCAUGCAUCCGCUCGCUCGUUCCAUCAGCUCCGAGGACAUGCUCGCGCUGCCGAUGCACAACUGCUGGAAUUCUCGCUUGCGGGCGGUCUCGCGAUCGGGGAGAGUCGACAUCUUCUUCCGCACGAGCCACGAAACCAACACCAUGGUCGACCCUCUCAUCUCUCUGAUGAGCUCGGGCGAUUGGAUCUCGGCCCAACAUUACGGCCCCACCCGACCCCACGAAUAAAUGCAGGGCAACAAGCGAAGGUUCCUGAUUGUAAAGAGUUUCUACCCUUGAAGCGUUGUAUUUGGUCUGCGUU